AUGUUCUACGCCCACUUUGUCCUUAGCAAACGUGGGCCGCUGGCCAAGAUCUGGCUGGCGGCCCACUGGGACAAAAAGCUGACCAAGGCUCAUGUGUUUGAAUGCAACUUGGAGAGCAGUGUGGAGAGCAUCAUCUCACCUAAGGUGAAGAUGGCAUUGCGUACAUCAGGUCACCUGCUUCUUGGGGUGGUGAGAAUCUACCACAGGAAGGCCAAGUACCUGCUUGCUGAUUGUAAUGAAGCCUUUAUCAAAAUAAAGAUGGCAUUCAGACCAGGUGUGGUGGAUUUGCCCGAGGAAAACCGGGAGGCUGCAUAUAAUGCCAUCACCUUACCUGAGGAGUUUCAUGACUUUGAUCAGCCACUUCCUGAUUUGGAUGACAUUGAUGUGGCCCAGCAGUUCACCCUGAACCAGAGCAGAGUUGAGGAGAUUACUAUGAGGGAAGAUGUUGGCAAUCUCAGUCUUCUGCAAGACAAUGAUUUUGCUGAUUUUGGCAUGGACGAUCGGGAGAUGAUGCGUGAUGCCAGCACGUUUGAGGAGGAUAUCAUGCAUGGUGCCACAGCCUCUAACCUUUUGCUCGAGGCGGAGCCUGGUCCAGCUAAUUUGCCAGAUAAAUCCAACCACAUGGAGUAUGAUGACUUUGGUGAUGCCUCCAUGGGCAACAAUGACGGAGGGAUGUUAGUGGAUAAGCUACUUAGCUCUGAAGAUGGAGGUGGCAUUUUUGACGAUCCUCCCGCCAUCACUGCUAGCGUCAUGAUGCCACCAGAUCAUGGAGAUGAUGAGGACGAUUUUGACAACCUCCAGUCACCCGGUCCAGACAGUCCAGAUUCCGGCCCAGCAGAGCCACUGCCAGCCAUGGCUGACCAAACCGAACAGACCACUCUUGUUCAUAAUGAAGAGGAAGCGUUUGCACUGGAACCCAUCGACAUCACUGUGAAAGAGACCAAGGCCAAGCGUAAGAGGAAACUGAUUGUGGACAGCGUGAAGGAGUUGGACAGCAAAACAAUCAGGGCCCAACUAUCUGACUACUCGGACAUUGUCACCACCCUUGACCUUGCCCCACCCACGAAGAAGCUGAUGAUGUGGAAGGAAACUGGCGGAGUGGAGAAGCUCUUCUCUCUUCCUGCUCAGCCUCUCUGGAAUGCCAGGCUACUCAAGAUGUUCACACGCUGCUUGACACCUCUGGUGCCAGAUGAGCUGAGGAAGAGGAGAAAGGGUGGCGAAGCAGACAGUUUGGAUGAAUUCCUCAAAGAGCUUGAGAACCCGGAUGUGCCUAGAGAGGAAGUUAUGGGUCAGCACAGAGAUGUUAUCGAUCAGACUAUCAUUGAAGAGCCCAGCAUGCUGGCUGCUUCUGCAAUGGAAGGCAGCAGGACAACACUGGAUGAGACGGUCAUGCCUCCACCCUCCACCCCUCGUGGCGUCAAACGCAAGACCCUUGAAAAAGAGGGCACCCUGCCUCCACAACAGCUGGCAGACCCCUCGGUCUUGUCUCAGAGGCUAGACAUGUCGCAGGUCGACCUUCCCCCGGAGGAGACUACGGUCAACUUAACACAGCUUGUUCCUGAACUGGACCUCAUUGGAGAGAAAAGCAAAGACAAGAAGGAUGAGAGCGACGAAGAAGAGGAUGAAGAAGGCCAGGCUGGAGACCAGGAUCAGGAAGAGAAGCGAUGGAACAAGCGAACCCAACAGAUGCUCCAUGGGCUCCAGCGCGUCAUGGCAAAGACCGGAGCAGACUCAGUCAGCCUACUUGACUUGUGCCGGAACAACAACAAGAAGCAGGCGGCUGCGAAGUUUUAUAGCUUCCUGGUCCUCAAAAAGCAGCAAGCUAUCGAAGUCACCCAGACAGAGCCUUACAGCGACAUCAUUGCCACUCCUGGACCACGAUUCCACCUUAUUUAG